AUGUCUCCGGCAUAUGCUCGAGUCCAUGGUUUUGAUGAGACUCACACACGGUUUGCAUCUAAGUACUCUCUCUAUUUAUACAGAGAGCAAGGUAAAGAUCCCUUGCCAGAUGCGGACGGGCACAGCCUCCAACUCAGCGGAACACCAGUACUUUUCAUUCCCGGAAAUGCUGGCAGUUACAAGCAAGUUCGUUCAUUGGCAUCGCAAUCUGCCAACUUCUAUUACACCGAGUUUGCCAAAUGCCAAGACCUAAACCCGAACGUCAAUAAUCUAGAUUUCUUCUCCGCGGACUUCAAUGAAGACUUCACUGCCUUCCACGGAAGAACGAUGCUCGACCAGGCCGAAUACCUCAACGACGCCAUUGGUUUCAUCCUGAGUCUUUACCGACAUAACCCGACCCCAGCUCGGUCGGUCAUUCUGGUCGGUCAUUCCAUGGGAGGCAUAGUUGCUCGAGUCAUGUUGAGUCUCCCCAAUUAUGUGGAAGAUUCGGUCAACACUAUUCUGACUCUUGCCGCUCCUCAUGCUGCUGCACCAGCCACCUUUGAUGCUGAUUUGUUGCAUGUUUUCGCAUCUACAGACGAUUUUUGGCGUCAUGGCUUUGUCAACAGUGGCUCGGCUCAAAGCGCACUAAAUACUGUUGCCAAAAGAAGACUCAAGGAUGUUGCUUUAAUAUCCGUGACAGGUGGGCUUUUGGAUAAUAUGCUUCCUGCAGACUAUACUGCUUUGACAGGGCUGGUGCCUGAGUCCAAUGGGUUCACCAUUGCUACCACCGGAAUUCCUGGUGUUUGGACACCUAUAGACCAUCUUGCUAUUGUUUGGUGUGAUCAGUUGCGGAAAGUUCUUGCUAGCUCGUUACUUCAACUUGUCGACAAGACUUCGGAAACCAAAACCUAUCCACUUGAAAAACGGAUGGAGAUUUUGCGCAAGAAUUUGUUGACUGGUUUCGAAGAAGAGGCAGUACAGGAUUUUGACUCCUAUAAAGCUGGAACUGGUAAACUAGACCUCCCAUACAAGCUCAAAAUUGAUACUAAGCAACUCAAAGACACUUCGAGACAGCGCAAUUUGCAAUUACCAAAGUCCAAUCCAAAAGAUGAAUUGUCUGCAUCUCCGGAUAUGCAUCUAUUCUACAUCCCUAAGGAUGGACUCAAAUUCAAGUUCAACUUCUUGAGUUCUUUACCACCGGUAGAUAUUUCCAGCUUGGGAAAACGUUCUUCGGCUCCGUCCAUCCUGCUUUGCAGAACUUUGACACCUGAUGGAAGAUCUUUCAAGAAAGAAUUUGAUUAUACAUCUGACACUACCAGUAAGGCGGUUCAGCUUGAAUGUAUUGAUUUCCACAAAGACGUCCACAAAAUACCAAGAUCAUAUAAUGAUUCCGAGUCGGCUACGGAAUCCUCUUUGGGAGCAGAUAAAAAUCCAUUCUACUCUGUCCAGUUGGACUCCAGAGUGCUGUCAAUGUUUGAUGCGGUCGUUAUCGCAGAAUCGCCAUCUCCAGUGAUACGCCCUGAUUUCGUUCUUGCCGACUUGGAACUCACGCAAUCGACUGAUCUUGUUCUUGGUGAUUUUGGGCUGUGGAAGCUCUUCUCAAGAGGUUACGAUGUCACCUUACCGGCACAUCGUCCGAUCUCCGUCAAUGUGAAGGUUCCUUCGGCAUGGUCCAGUCUGUUGGCUUACAACUUUGAUAUUCGGUACCAGCAAUCUCAAAUGGAACGGUUUUCUCCUAUUCUGAGCCAGCGAGUGCGAGAUGAAACCAAAUGGCAUAUCAACUUGCAUGAUGAUAAGGCCCUCACAGCUCUGAUUCAGGGUGUUUCUCCUUUCUGUCCAUUUACGAGAGACGAAGACUCUUCACUUGAACUGCAACUUUUCAGUGACUCUCUUGCGUCUGAUCAAAUCAUGGACAUUUAUUUAACUGUGAACUGGUUCAAGUCGUUGAAGCUGCUUGUGCUCAAAUACAGACUUUCGGUCUUCAGUUUCCCAGUCUUUGUCACCACACUUGUUCUGUUUUUACAAUUCAAAAAGUAUAUUCAAGACGACAUCUUCCCGUCAUUUGGGGAAGGAUUGUUGAUGCUCUGUGAUUUGAGGGUAUUGACGCCGUUGAUGUUGCUUUUAAGCUUUCUUUCGUCAUUUGCAUCACAAGCGGCUUUCCAAAAACUGUUGAGCUAUAUCGAUCCUGUUGAUUUUGGAAACGUGAGUUUGAUGCAAGAGAUUGAAAAGUCUGACGUUUACGUCAAUCUUUACUUUCUCGGUUUAGAAGAAAAAGCAUUGUGGUUUUUCGGGCCUGUGGCUCUUGUCAUUUCGUUGGCUCUUGUGUGCGCAUUCUACAAUAUUCUUUCAGUUCUACUAUGGAUCAUAACAUCUACGUUGCGCAAGUUACAUGUCUCUAACAUGUUUAAGUCUUCAAAGGUUGGGGUAUACAAUAGAAGACGGGCCACUGGAACUGCAAUAAUUUUAGCUCUUGUUCCAUUGUAUAUCCCUUACCAGUUUCCAUACGUGGUAAGUUGUUUGGUGCAGUCCACCGUUGUGAUACGUGCUUAUCUUUCGUCCUCUGUUCAACGAAACAAUUCUGUGGAGAAUUUUAGAAACUUCAACUUUUCGCUGCUCAUGUUGAUGCUCUGGAUCCUGCCCGUGAACGUUCCUGUUUUGAUUGUUUGGAUCCACAACUUUUCGCUUCGUUGGGCCACGCCGUUUUCGUCACACCACAACUUCCUGGCCAUUAUUUCCAUCGUGUUCCUUGUGCAGAACAACGUUGCUGGAAAUAUUGUUCCACGGCCUACCUCGCCGGUUACUAUCUUUGUGACGAAAUUCUUGAUCGCUUAUUUCUCGCUGUGUUCACUUAUCUACGGCACGCGACACCUGUUUUGGUUACACUACCUACUCAACUUUCUGUGUGCUUGGUUGCUGUUACUUCUGAUGGAAGCCAAUUUGAGCGGGCACGUUAAAAACAUUGCCACUUUCAAGAGAGAAGAUUCAUCAUCUAAAUUACAUUAG